CUAGUUUCCCCCUUACUUUUCUCAUCCGGGAAGUCACCAUCUUGAGUCACUCACCAAACAAAUAACCUUUCAUUUGAACCGCUCAACACUAUCAUCCAUGGCGACUUCUAUCUCCGUCUCCAGACUCCUCUCCUCCUCCUCCUCCGUCGCCAAACCGUUACGUUCCCCAACCUCCGCAUUCACGGCGCCGCUCUCCUUCACGCGCUCUCUCGCUCCUAAUCUCUCCCUCAAAUUCAACACCCGCCGCAGCAGCUCCGUCUCCACCACCAGAUCCUUCGCAACAACCAUCACCUCCGCCAUUUCCGUCGGAGACAAACUCCCCGACUCCACCCUCUCCUACCUCGACCCCACCACCAACGACGUCAAAACCGUCACCGUCUCCUCCCUAACCGCCGGGAAGAAAACCAUCCUCUUCGCCGUCCCGGGAGCCUUCACGCCCACCUGCUCGCAGAAACACGUCCCCGGAUUCGUCUCCCAAGCCGCAGAGCUCAGAUCCAAAGGCGUCGACGUCAUCGCGUGCGUCUCCGUGAACGACGCGUUCGUGAUGGAAGCCUGGAGGAAGGACCUCGGGGUCAACGACGAGGUGAUGCUUCUCUCCGAUGGUAACGGAGAGUUCACGGGGAAGCUUGGCGUGGAGUUGGAUUUGAGGGAUAAGCCCGUGGGACUCGGAGUUAGGUCACGAAGGUACGCGAUCCUUGCGGAGGAUGGUGUUGUGAAGGUUCUGAAUCUUGAAGAAGGAGGUGCUUUUACCAACAGUAGUGCUGAGGAUAUGCUUAAAGCUCUUUGAUUCUUUCUGUUUGUGUUCUGUUUUUGCUGUCUUCUCAUAUGUUGGACUUGGAGCUUUCAGAUUCUAUGUUUCAGCAUCGGAUAAUGUAAUAACUAAUCGGAAUGUUUAGACCGUAUGUUUGUUUCGAGUUAUAGCUACUUUGUGUGUGCUUUGAGUUUUC